CCAUCCACUUUCGUCUUCACCGGCCAAAGCUCCUCGUCACAUCUUUUCUCUUCCUCCGGCGACUUCCUUCCCCUCUGCAGGCUUGCAGGUCAGCGAAACCCUAGAGAGAAAAGAUCAGUCAUUGUUGUUGAGGGGGGUAAAACCCGGGAGCAGACGAGUUGCAGACAUCACGGCUAUACACGGUGCACCGCGGCCCCUCCUACUUCAUGCCCGCUCCAUCCGUCGUAAGGGCUGUUGCAGCGGCGCUCUGAGCGAGCACUCCAUCAGCUGCAACCCCUCGCCGCACGGAGGCCGCGGCGCCCUCCCCUCCGAAGGCGGCAGCCCCUCCGACCUCCUCUUCCUCGCCGGCGGCGGCAACAGCACCCUCCUCUCCGCAAUCUGCUUCUAGAUUUCUCAAUUCCUUAGUGUUUCCUGCAGAUUAGUUUUGUGUAAUCGUAAGCGUACUGUUUAGAGAGAAUUUUUGAACUGGGUCCUGCGUGCUUGGGUGGGGAUCUUCGCGGGUAGUUGGUGUUUUCGGGGAUAAAGCUGAGGAGGAGGAAUCUCAGUUUGUCCGGAAAGAUGAUGCUCAGGAUCAAGAGGGUUCCGACCAUCGUGUCGAACUUCCAGGCUGAGGACGCCGGCGCUCGCUCUGGUUGCGGCCGGAACUGCCUCAAGAGCUGCUGCAUUCAAGGGGCAAAGCUCCCGCUUUAUGCCUUCAAGAAAGAGAACUCCGUUGAUGGAGAGAAGGCGCAAGAGAAGAAGGAGCCUCCCGUCGAGUUUCUUGACUCGCUCCUUCUCGGGGAGUGGGAGGAUCGGAUGCAGAGAGGCCUCUUUCGCUAUGACGUUACUGCCUGCGAGACUAAGGUUAUUCCUGGGGAUUAUGGAUUUGUAGCCCAGCUGAAUGAGGGCCGUCAUCUCAAAAAGCGGCCAACGGAGUUCCGUGUGGACAAGGUCCUGCAGCCCUUUGACGGAAACAAGUUCAACUUCACCAAAGUCGGACAAGAGGAGGUUCUCUUCCAGUUUGAAGCCAGCGAGGACGGGGAUGUCCAGUUCUUCCCCAAUGCUCCGAUCGAUGUUGAUAACUCCCCCAGUGUUGUUGCCAUCAAUGUCAGUCCAAUCGAGUAUGGGCAUGUGCUGUUGAUCCCUCGUAUUUUUGAGUGCUUGCCUCAGAGGAUUGACCGUGAGAGCUUCUUGCUUGCUCUUUACAUGGCUGCUGAGGCCGCUAAUCCGUACUUCCGCCUGGGUUACAACAGCUUGGGGGCAUUCGCGACCAUCAAUCACCUUCACUUCCAGGCUUACUACUUGGCCGUGCCCUUCCCGAUUGAGAAGGCUUCUACAAAGAAAGUAACUACUCUUGAUUCUGGUGUCAAGAUCUCGGAGCUUGUGAACUACCCAGUCAGAGGUCUUGUCUUUGAGGGUGGAAACACCCUGCAAGAUUUGUCCAACAACGUUUCAGAAGCCUGCAGCUGCCUUCAGGAUAACAACAUCCCGUACAACGUCCUUAUUGCUGACUGCGGGAGGCGAAUCUUCCUCCUCCCACAGUGCUAUGCUGAGAAACAAGCCCUCGGGGAAGUGAGUGCGGAGCUCCUCGACACACAGGUGAACCCUGCUGUAUGGGAGAUAAGUGGACACAUUGUGCUGAAGAGGAGGGAGGACUUCGAGGGGGCAUCGGAGGGGAACGCAUGGAGGCUCCUUGCAGAAGUCUCCUUGUCUGAGGAGCGUUUCCAGGAGGUGAAUGCCCUUAUUUUCGAGGCCAUCUCCAGCAACAGCAGGCUGCUCGAGGAGGAGGCAGCUGAUCUUGCCAAGAACAGGGAGGAGAGCGGCCCCAUCAAGGGAAGCUCUCGCCGCCCCACAAUGGUGAGCGGGACCCAGGAGUGCUUGGUUCUGCAGUGAGGUGGAACAGAGCCGGCACGUGAUAUUAAGUAGCACCUCAUAGUUAAAUAGCCAACUCCUGGCACAUUGCGCCUGGUUUGGGUGUGCAAGGAAUAAGCAAAAACUAGUGUUUUGCAUCAUUGCUCUUAUCAGUGAUGUUUUACUGUCUUCGCAUAUGUUGUUGCGGCUGUAUGAUGUUUUGGUGGUUUCCAGUCUGCGGUCUGAUUGAGCCCGUUCUUGUUGGGCUAUUGUGAAUGAAGAUUUGCUGGUUUUCCUUUUCUUUCUGCA